GCGUGGUUGUGUGUCAGUUUCGCUGGGACCCGCGGUCGAUGCCGGUGAGGAGGGGGAUGGGUGCCUCAGCGAAUGUAAGGACCCGAGACAGAAUCAGAGCCCUAUACCACAUAGAGCAGCAUAUACCCUUUUAUAAAUAUCGAUUGUAAAUAUUCAUAACACCAUAAUAAAUGGAUUAAACCACUGGGAUUUUAACAUAGACACUCGAUGGAAGUGCUGUGUCCAAACAGUACACGGAAUUAAACUUUAAACCUUUACGUGGGGACAGUGAGAAGUUUGUUUUCUACCCCAGAAGAGGGAGCUACUUUUGAGGGCAAAGGAUACAGGAGACGCCGAGGCCGAGGUACAGGCCUUGUGGUCUGAGUCGAUUUGAUGUUGGAAUACUCGAAGAUCUACAUACAACACAGUUAUUUAUUGUAUUCGUACUGGAUUGGAAUGUCUCUCUAGGUCUCCUCAUGUCCGUGAGCCGUCGCCUGCGGCUCUGCGGCGCCCCACCCCUGGAGUGGUCAGUCGCUGCAGUUCGGACCCCGUGAUCGUCCACACCCCCCAUUCCCCUCCCCUCCCUUCCCUCCCCCUUUCCUCUCCUACCCUUUUUUCCCUUCCCUUCUCCCCCCCCCCCCUUCCAUGCUCUGCUGUGACUGGACGUCAUGAGCAUAGUAAUCGCACUGGGAGUCACCACACCAGAAACGUCUUACUCAGAUAUGGCUGCUGGAUCAGACCCUGAGUCCGUGGAAGCAAGCCCUGCCGUGAACGAGAAAACCUACUCCAAUCAUAGUUGUGGGAGUGCACAAAGUCAUGGGUAUCGGGGACUACCAUAUGCUAUGCAACAGUCUUCCGUUGUGUGUUGUCAGGAUCACAACUAUGGCGCGCCCCCUCCCCCCACCCCACCCGCCUCCCCGCUCUCUCAAACCAUCAUCCCCCGGGUGGAGCUGAACGGUGUGGCCCGCGGCACGCGCUACCACCCCAACCACGACGAGGAGAACUCGGCCGACAGCGACAGUUCCUCGGAGGAGGAUGGCGGCGUGGCAAGCUGGUGCCACUGCAGCCUGACACAGGAUGGCUUCCUCAUCAAGUGCGAGAGCUGCAGUUUCAGGGGUUUGGACAGAUGGAAAGGUGUUGAGGGCCAGCGCAGGAAACCUGAAAAUGUAUCAGUGGGUGAGAGCAGUGCCACAGAGAGUGGUGACGAGGAGGUUUCCCCCGCCACGGUGUCCUACACAGCCACCCAGCACACACCCACCAGCAUCACCCUCACUGUCAACCGCGUCAAGAGGAACAAGUCCAAGAAGAGGAAGAAGAGUACAGAGAAGGCUAGGGGAGCACCCAAGGGCAAGAAGGUGAAGGCCUUUAGGGAGGGUUCAAGGAAGUCCAUGAGGAUGAAGAACUCUACGACAGAGGCCAGCCAGGUUGACGAGAACACGGCCGAGGGCUGGGAGUCUAAGAUCCGCCAGUGGACAGACCAGUACGAGGAGGCCCUGGCCAACCAGUACAGCGCCGAUGUCCAGACUCUGCUCCAGCUGCACCGCGCCGCCAACACCACGGUCACAAACGCCACCGCUGAAGCAGAGAACGAGUCUGUGACGCGGUCGCCACAGGGGCAGGUCAGAGCAUCGGCGGACAUGAUGGACACCAUCAAUCGUACAGAGCUGGCAUGUAACAACACUGUGUUGGGCUCUCAGAUGCAGUUACAGCUGGGGCGGGUGACGCGCGUGCAGAAACACAGGAAGAUUUUGCGGGCCUCCAAGGACUUGCAGCCAGACACACUCAUUAUCGAGUACCGGGGCAAGGUCAUGCUCAAACAGCAAUUUGAGGUCAACGGACACUUCUUUAAAAAGCCUUACCCUUUCAUUCUCUUCUACUCCAAGUUCAACGAGGUAGAGAUGUGCGUUGAUGCACGGACAUUUGGAAACGACGCUCGCUUCAUCAGGAGGUCCUGUACACCCAAUGCAGAGGUGCGUCACAUGAUCGCAGAGGGCAUGAUCCACUUGUGUAUCUAUGCUGUUACUCAGAUCACCAAAGACGCAGAGGUCACUAUUGGCUUUGACUACGAGUUCAAUAGCUGUAACUACAAGGUGGACUGCGCCUGCCAAAAGGGCAACCAAAACUGCCCCGUGCAGAAGCACAACCUGAGCCCCCGUGAGAACCUUCUGUUCCCCCCUGCCCUGCCCCCUCCGUCCUCCUUGGCGGGGGCGGAGACUCGGCGGCGGAAGGCGCGGAGGAAAGAGAUGGAGGGCGGCGUGGGGCCCGGGGCCACAUCUGACGACAGCAACCUGCCCCCGGAGGAGACCGGAGAGGCUCAGGAUGUGCGAGGAGGGAGCGAUCCAGAGGAGGGACUUGUAUACGGGGUGAAACAGGAAGAAGGGCUGGAAGGAGAGCUGGACGAAAACGGCCUACUUAUGUCCAGCCGACGAACCCGCGAGGAGCGCAAGGCGGAGGCCAUCAUGCACGUGUUCGAGAACCUCGACAAGAGGAAGCGGAGGGCGACCCAGGGUGGUGCCUCCACAGGAGGAGGAGCCGAAGAAGCGAAGCAGGAGGGCUCUCCAUCUGAGGAGGGGGCAGUGAACCCCUCAGGGGGCAACCCUGCGCCUCACAGCACAGGGAUGGGGGUCAGCACGCGCCGCACCACCUAUGUCUCUGAACCGACAGUUGAGCUUGACAAGACCCUAGCGUCAACGCCAACCUCCUCUGCCGGCGCUCCCAAUCUCCCUGCUCCCUCGAAGCCACCACCCUCCCGCUCCACCAAGCCCCGCCCCAAGAGCCGCAUCUCGCGCUACCGCUCCAGCUCGUCGCAGCGUGCCCGCCGCCAGAGGCAGGCCCUCGCCCAGCAGCAGGCCGCGGCCGAGCAGGGGGGCGGAGCGGCCGAGGAGGGGCCUCAGGGCCCAGUCGGGGCAGAGCCUGGCCCAGGGGACGCCGGUGCGACAGCUGGACACACUCUGGACGGAGACCUCAGCUCCACUCUGAACAAGGGCAACCUGCGCUACCCCAAGACCAAGAAGUACUUGGUGACUGAGUGGCUCAACGACAAGGUCCCCGACAAGGCGUCCCAGGAGGCUCCUGGGGUGGCGGAGCGCCCUCUGCGCAUCACCAGCGACCCCACGGUGCUGGCCACCACCCUCAACAUGCUGCCCGGGCUGUCCCAGCCGCCGCUCAUCUGCACGGCACCCAAACACUACGUCCGCUUUGGCUCACCCUUCAACCCGGAGCGCCACCGCCCACGGCCCCUCAAACUGGACGGCACCUACGGCUGCUACAAGAAGAGGUGGAUCCAGCAGGCCCAGGAUGAGAGCUGCUCGGCCAGCUUGGAGGACGGCACAGAGUCCACCUCCUCCCACCAGAGCAACAGCAGCAGCUCCACCCCUAACCCUCCCUUCACCGAACUGGCGGCGCCCAUCAAGAAACGGAGGGCAAAGUACGCCUCAGAGGCUUCGGCCACACCCAUCGAGCACCUCCUGCCGCCUCUGUCACCGGUCACGCCGCCCCCGCCUUCGGACCCGCUGCUGAGCGCAUCAUGUGCAGCCCUGCUCCUGGGCAUGCACCCUCACCACCACCACUACCCUGGGGACGAGGAGGAGGGGGUGCAUCGGCCCAACAGCCUGGCCUGCUCCCCCCUGCCUUCACUGCCCACCAGCCGCUGCAACACCCCACUGCAGUUUGAGAACAUAUCGUCCCCAGAGGCCUCUCCUCUACAUAGGCCAGAGUCCAUCUCUCCAGAGCCAUGCCUAAGGACAGACUUUGAUUUGGGCCGCCCCCAGUUCCCGGACCUCUCUCUCUCCUCCUGCAUGGAGAGCCCCGUGCCCCUUGGCCCCGAUGACUUCUCCCUCUUGGCGGGGGCCGCGCCCCCUGAGUCGCAGGGGCCCGCCUCUGUAGAAGAGGGCUCUCACACCCCCACACAGGCCACGCCCCCAGACGCUGGGCCGAGCCGAGAGCAGGCUUUCAGGACAGAGUUCAACCUGAUCUAUACCUGCUCACCCCUCAACGCCAACCUGGGCAACCCCACCACCGACAGACGCCUAUCCCAGUCGGAAGGCAGCUUCUCCCCCGCCGAGUCGUUCUACGGCACCGUGGGUGGGCAAGGCCUCCAAGUGGAGGCGGGGCUUGGCUCCAUGUCGCCCUAUGGCGAGCCGAAUUACGGAGGAGGGUACCCGGACAGCGACACACCGCCCCACACCAGCAAUCCACCGCAGAAAAAGAAGGCAACCAGCCUGCACACCAUUAGUCUGCUGACAGACAAGCCAGAUUACCAGGCUUUAGCAGUAAGAAGUGAAUACAAGCCAGUACAAAAUAUGGUGUCUCUGCUGGAGUAUCGCAAGAGGAAGCAGGGGAGUGGCCGGGACUCGGAGCCAGGCGGGGGUGGCAGCAACCUGGGUACCCCCACCCGGCCCGGCUCCAUGGGCCCCGGCAGGGCCGAGUCCCCAGGGAUGAUCUCCCGCCCCCCCCACCACCACCACCACUCCCAACACCACCACCCACACCUGCAGCCCCCGACCUCCUCCUCCUCCUCCCCACACAGCUCCUUCUCCUCCCCCGCCCACCCCUCCUCUUCCAUCGCCCAGAUCGAAGAGGUCAGCCCCCCACCGGAUCACCAUCAGAACUCCUCCCAGGCCUCAGGCCAACAGCAUCAGGGCAACAGCCACUGGAUGGUGCCCACCAGUGUGGAGCGCCUGAGAGAGAGCCACGGGGUUCUGGAGCGAGUCCUUCGAGGGGGCCUCAAGAUGGAGCGCACAGCCAAGAGACUAGGCGGCGCAGACGCAGACAAGGACCCUGAUGCAGAUAGGUAUGAGCUACAGACCAUGGGCAGGGCCUCUCCUAUGAAGAGUCCACAUAGAUACAGCCCAUCUGUCUACACACAUCAGCCCUCCUCGUCGGAAAACCAUCAUCAGACGGACAGUCCGGUGCUCCUGCAGACCAGCACGGCAUCAUCUCCAUUCCGUGGCUCCUACAGUCCCUCGGCUGCACCUCCUUCUGGACAGGGCUUCUACUCCCGCCUGUCCUCCCACAUUGACCCCUCCCAGCAGCCCCACAACCCCCCUUCCUCCUACCCCAACCAGACCACCUCUGCAGACUCAGCCCAAUGUGGGACCUCCAGGACACCAGGGGGUGCUCUCCAUCAGCAAAGCAGCAGCAGCAACAUGGAUGUGUCCAAUAGAUACAGCGGGAGCCACCUGAAAGCCAGCCUCUUGAGCAGUGGGCUGUCUCCUACCCCUGGUUCCAGGGCUCAUGGGAUCCCUAAAACUGACUCGGGUGCGGCUGCUUCUGUGGGGGUCCAAGCGACCCAUGCCUCUAGACUGAACCAGCAGCAGCAGGCACCACGGAGCCUGAAGCCAGGCAGCCCUGGACAGGCGGGGUUGCAGGUGGGAUCCAGACUCCUCCAAGCCUCUGGAGGCCAACACUACCCGCAGCGCGGGCCGGCCCUCAGUCAGUUUCAGCACCCUCCUAUACAGGGGUCGGGAGUAAGGACACAGUCAGGAAGCUUUUAGUGUGUAUCUGUGCUUGUGUGAAUGUGUGCGAGAAGUCCUGUACCUCCUCAAUAAAACCUGUGGAGGACCAAGUAUGAAAGAGUUUGGCAGGGGAAAUGUACAGACCUAAUGGGAGCUAAAGAACUUCUGGUAUGGAUUUAUUAUUUUUUCUUUUUUUCUGUUUUUUUUUUUCUCCAAAAAGGAAUUACUGCAUUCUGCACAUAAAAAAAAUCAAGGACUUUGACAUUUGACAACAGUGAAUCAAUGGAUAAAGCAAUGUAAAAGUUUUUUUUAAUUAUUAUUAAAGAAAUCAUGUGUAAUUUGAAAUUGCCCUUGGUUUUCCUGCUCUGUACGGACUGUAAACAGGCAACAAGUAAUGUUGACUAAGUAUCUGUAUAAAGUUUAAGGAAAAAAAGAAGUGUACCUGUUGUUUUGGUACCUGGUUUGACAAAUUCUCAAGCUGAUUUGUGUCUGUCAAAGUUGUUUUGAUUUGGCAAACAGCCAGGUCUGUCCUGCAGUAUAAGUGUUUCAGUUGGAAAGGGGAAACAAAUACGAGCUAGAGCUUAUGUGUUUAUCAUCCGUUAUAAAGAUGCAUCUUAGGGCUCGGGAGUCCAAGAGUUCCAUAAUUAGUUCAUUCCAUAUGAUUUCCAGCUACCUUUCAAAUGUAGCCAAUUAUCGAAGAUUCUUUACCUGUAUUUAACUUUUUUCUCUCAAUUUCUUUUUUUUCCCUUUUUCUUUUUACACAAACUCACCCUCCUUUUUUCUGUCUUCAUUUUGCCUAGUACUUCUUCAUAGUAGAUUUACUAUAUUGUACUUGAGACGUACAGGUCUUGUAAUUCAUGGUGCUGCAGACAGUCAUGUUUUGAAAAAAGAAAUAUAUAUGAUUUUAUUUGAAAUACAGUUACACUCUUCAUGAGCAUUUAGAAUUAACUUUACGUGAGAUUUAGAUUAUUUUUUUCUCCCCCAGUGUCAUCAUUAUAAAAGUACAAACCUAUUAUUGUGCUGGAAAGCAGGGGAAAAUGGCGCUAAGAAGCAGAAUAUGAUUUAAUUGUCCUUACUCUUGAUGGGUCUUCUAUUUGAAUCCUUAGGAUAAAAUUUUAUUGGAAAAUGUAUUGAGAAGAUAUAUAUUUUUCUCUUCUUCUGACCAAUCCUUGCAUUCCGUAUGCCAACUAAGAGUACAGGAGAGGGGGGAGACUGGCAGGAUGGUUUGGACAGUAUAUAUAUAAAAAAGAAAAAGCUGCUGUGUUCUCCUUGUUUGUUUUCUUUUUAUCCAAGUGCUGCUUUGAGAACUUUCCCUUUUCACAGAAUGCUGUACCUUCAUUUUUUAUAAGGGUCAUCAUGAAGCAAGAAAGAAUAAUUACAGUCAUGUGCCAUGACCACUGCAGUGGAACUUUUAGACAACGUAAAUGACAUUGUGUAUGCACUGGGAGAUGGAGAUUCUCCUGGCGAUGAAACAUGGAAAAGUGGACCUAAUUUACAAAUACAUUUUGGACCCUACCAUUUGGCAGUGAGGAGUGUAUGUCUAUGUCAUCCCAGGAAACAACAAAGGGGGAGCAGAAAGGCUGGGGACAGAGGCACUCACUGUUUUUAGCCAAUGGGACACUUGUCUGGCCCCCUGCCAACCCGCUUCAACCAACCAUCGACAUAAGGGUACUCACUUGUUACAUGAAUGUUUGACAGAGGACUUCAAGAGGAAUUUAUGACCCAAAUUUACCAGCACCUUAAUUAAACAAAUACAACUUGGCUCAACAAAAACAACCAUAUGUACAACCAAAAGUACUUGUAUAAAAAAAAAGAUGUGUUAUAAACAUGUAAGAAGAAAUAUAGUACACUUCAUUUGCCGCAUGAUAUUUCUUUUUUGGGUCUGAUUGACCAACUGACUGGUGGUUGGGAUCUAAUGUUCAAAUCUGUUCAGAGGGUCUGGUUUUGCUCAUCCUUGGAGUCCAUGCAAAACUAGAUGUUGCAUAUGUUUUUUAUUUUAUUUAUUUUUUAUGACAUUUAAUUUUCUUUGUUGAUUCUGUUCCGUUUUUUUUACAGAGCAUAGUAGAAACAAUUUGGACUCUCCCCCCCCAAAAGAUUAAAACUCAGAACAGAUGUAAUCCAUUUUGAUAAUAAAAUACUCAUGAUGGCAAUGUAUUUUGAAAA